UGAACAGGAAGGAGGGCGCACAGACGGGAUCAAUGCUUGUUUUCUAAAUAGCUGGCAUCUCAUUCACAGCUCUAAUAGGAGACCCCUGCUCCUGCUGUCCCAAGUCCUGGAAAAAGGGGGAAAAGAGAGCAACUCGGGCAGGAGAGAGAGAGAGAGAGAGAGAGAGAGAGAGAGAGAGAGAGAGAGACUCAGAGGGAGUUUUGCUGCUGAAGUAAAAGCGGAGCUAUUAGGAAGCAGAAAAUGGGACCGGCUGCCACCUCGCUCGCUGUCCUGUGUUUGUGCUCCAUGUGUGUGUUUGUUCCUGAACGGAUGGCUGCCGCGACACCAACACAGGCACCCGUUUCAGAGGCGAAGAGGGCACGAGGAGACGUUCCUGAGAUUCUCCCAGAGCCUGAAGCAGAGCCAACCAGUCCAGUGUCUGACUUUGAGAACUCAUACAACUAUGUCUUGUCCAGAUUGGCGGACAUGGACCAGGCCAUCCACAAGCUGAACGUUGGCCACUACACGCUGGACGUUAAAGUCAGCCAGUUAAUGGACCGUCUGACCAGGGUGGAUGCUGAAGUCGAGGAGCUGGAGGACACCAUCCGUGAGGUCUACCAGCACAGCAAAGACAACCGCAAAGAGAUGGGAAGACUGGAAGGUUGCCAGAAGGGCCACCGGAUGGGAUACAAAUGCUAUCUGGUGUUCAACGGCCACAAGGACUACGCCGGGGCGUCCAGGAAGUGCCUGGAGCGCGGCGGCCGCAUGGCGAUGCCCCGCGACCGCAGGGAGCAGGAGGCCCUCGCCGACUACGUCAAGUCCUUCUUCCACCCCGGGAACUGGCCCGUCUGGCUGGGGGUCAACGACCUGCGAUCCGAGGGCCUGUACCUCUUCGAUGACGGGACGCGGGUCUCCUACUUCCAGUGGCGCAGACACUUCCUGUCCAGUCAGCCGGACGGAGGGAGGCGGGAGAACUGCGUGGCCAUGUCGUCAGACGACGGCGACUGGUGGGACCACUACUGCGAUCGGAACAUGAACUACCUGUGCGAGUUUGAUGACAGGGAGGCACUUUAAGAACUCUUUAUUUUCUAAGAUUGGCUCCUUACUGUCAUUAAUCCUUAGAAGUGAAAGCUCACAUUAUUAUGAAUUGACUGUGUUGUGGCUGCAACGAAUCGAUGAAAUUAUUAUUCAAAUCGUUGGCAUCGAAUUUCAUUAUCGAUUUGUUGUGUCGCGCGAUUAUUACGUCACUCAAUGAGUUGCGGAGUUGCGCGCGGAACAAAAGUAAAAGCGCCCAUCUGACGUAGAUGAAAGAGGAGUCAGCUGCGCCGGCAGUUGUAGUGAGUCACAUGACACGUUAUUAAAGACCGAAAUGACUGACGUGAGAGCCCUAAAAGUAAAAUAUGCAAAGUCUACGUAACCUGACACGGAAGCACCACGUUGUCCCGUUUUGACGUGAGGAACGUAACGAGCCUCCAGCAGCUUCGCCCUAUUGUAUUGUGGGUAAUCACAGACGCCACUGUGUAAAAGACGACGAUACUAAUUCCCUGUGAGGGUGACACAAAUAAGAUGGUUAAAGUUGUUUUUGAAACUAUUCUGUAUUGUGUCGCAAUACAUAUUAUUAUAAAUGUUAAUAUUGAACUAAAAAUUAGUAUUGCGUUUUUGAUACCUUUCCGGUUUGCUUUAAAUCAUGCUGGGAUGUUGUAUGUAUGUAUGUCGAACUGGAUUAUAAGAAAGAAGCUUUGUUUAUAAGGAUUAAUAAGAAAGUUUGUAAGUCUGCAAAAGAUAGACGGACAGAUGUUAUAUACACAAUACUACUUUUUAGUUUAUAAAUAUAAUCACCUGUUCACUGUUUGUCUUUUGUGUUGUUGACGGGAAAUACAAGCCAAUAGAUUGUUGUGUUAUUUUUCAAAUGUCACGUCUUCACGAAUGGAAUUGUCAUCAAUGUGUACAACGUGAACCAGAUGCAGUACUGUAAGUAUGCAGGGUAUAGGUUUGGGGAUUCAGUAAAUCCAUUCAACAUAUUUUCCAACCUUUUUUUAGUUGCAUUAAAUACUUUAGUUUUCACGUUAUUGGGUCUGAAAGGGGCUGGACGCUGCCACAUUGCAUGUUGAUAUUCGUUUGUGUUGCAAUAAAUUUUGAAUAUCAAACUUCAAA